GGUGUGGGCGGGACGAGGAGAAGCCGGCUGGAUGGCUAGCGUGGGAGAGAGCCAGAAAGCAGUUGGAGCCGAAGUCCUGUCAUUGUAGGAGGAUUCUUCAGCCAUUAUGUCAACCGGCACAGAUGUUUCUCUUUCUUCAUAUGAUGAAGAUCAAGGAUCUAAACUUAUCCGAAAAGCUAGAGAAGCACCGUUUGUUCCCAUUGGAAUGGCGGGGUUUGCAGCAAUCGUUGCAUAUGGAUUAUAUAAAUUGAAGAGCAGGGGAAAUACUAAAAUGUCUGUUCACCUGAUCCACAUGCGUGUGGCAGCCCAAGGCUUUGUUGUGGGAGCAAUGACUCUUGGUAUGGGCUAUUCCAUGUAUAAGGAAUUCUGGGCAAAGCCUAAACCUUAGAAGAAGAGAAGCUGUCUUGGUUUUGUUGGUGGUGCUUGCUUCAGCUAGGCAUCUCAUACUGAAUUUAUAUGUUUAUGUUGAAAAUAAAUCAUUUGAAUGGGUCACACAAUAACACAGUAAUUUAAAUAUUGGCUUCCUUUCUUGCAGGCUUAAUUUGCCUGGUAACCAAAUUACUAGUGACCAGUUAACUAGCUAGGUCAUUCAGCAGAGUCAAAUUAGAACAAAAGAAACAUGUCACUUUUAAAUGUACUUGAUAGUGGUAAAAUAUGCUCCUUCUUAAACUCUUCUGAUAAAAUCAGUUAAAAAGAGGACAAUUUGCCAAUCCUGAGUACUCCCAGUUGCUGCAGAAUAUCACAUGCUUUUGAUAUUAUGUAGGAAUCCCAUUUAAUUUUUUUCUGCCUGUUUUGCAGACUGAUUGAGUACUUCAGUUUUUAGGGCUGGUUGGCUCUUAACCCUUUGAGAACAGUGCAUGGAAUAUAAUACAAUAAGCUUCCCCACAACCGAAAAUACGUGUAUUUAAACUAAACCCAAAAAAGCCGAUAACAGCUGCUUAAAAGUAGUAUUUAUUUCAGAAUCAUACUUGUAAACAUGAGAAUAACUUAACUGUGGAUCCCAGUUUAGCUUUUUUUUGUAAUUGCAGAGUUAUAUUUAUGCUGCUGUUGUAUUAGAAUAACUUUUAAAUGUUAUCUUAAAAUAGAAAUGUGUACUUUAAGUACUAAUGCAAAGGUUAGAUGAAAAACACUUUUUAAAUGUAUGAAGUUUAUUUUCUCUGUAAGAACCAUAAAUGUUAACAAAUUACCUAUAAUUGAAGUGAUUAAUGAUUUAUCAGCAAGGUGGUUUGGUCAGACAUUAUACACAAACUUUGGUAUACUCCAGAAUGCUUUAUUACACUUGUGAAAUUUUCUUGUCUAACCUGAAUUUACAUUCCAUGGUGAUAACAUGGUAAAUGUAGUGUUAGUAAAAUCAGUGAACACAUUAAUUGCCUUGUAUUUAUUUCGGUUUGGAAAAAAUCAAUCAUUCCUCAAAGUAACACAAGGAUUAAGUUCCAAGAAGAGAAUGCUUUGUACCUUUGGUAGGAACUAUGGUUAAAGAAUAUUUAUCAAAUAGGAAUAAUAGUAUCUAUUGAGUAUAUACUAUGUGUCACACACUAUUCUAAGUGCUUUUCAUGUAUAAUGUCAUUUAGAUUUCCUAACAACCCUAAGAGGUAGGAACUAUGAUCCUUAUUUAACAGAGGAGGAGGCUGAGGCAUGAACAAUGUAAAUAUCUAACCCAGGAUCACAUAGCUAGAGAGGGGUGUAGAUUUGGGACUGGAACCUGGGCAGUCAAGUCGUAGAUGCCAACAGGUAUUAGAAAUGUUGGCCUUUGUGAAAUUAAUACUGGAGUGGCAGCAGUUAUCAUAUAUUAAUAAAGUUAGGAGGUUACAGCAUGGUCUUGACUCACCACUGACUCUGUAACUUGGAUCACAUCCGAGUUUUCUCAAUCUUGGCUAUAAAAUGAGAAGUUGAACUGGGUAAUUUCUACAGUCCUAUAUAGCUUAUAGGUCAUUAUAUGAGUCUGAAAAGUGCUUUAAAAAUAAAGCUAUUACAGGAACUAUUUUCUCAGGUUCCAAUAGACCUAAUAGGAGAUCCUGGUAGGCAGUCCCAACAAUUGUUUCAUGAAGGAUAAGCCUUCUGUAGAACAAAUUUGGGGAAAAGUUUUCAGAAAAUGUUUCUAAUAGAUGAGUACAUUAUUGAUUUGUUAAACUAAAUUACUCAUUUGAGAGAAGUUGAUCUAGACCAAUGCCAGAGGAUAGGCCAAACAAAAGUGAAGUGUUGAAAGGGUACUGAGCAUUAUGUUCAUAAGGGUGGGGUUGCUCAUUCAAGGAAGAGAGUGGUAAAUUAGUUGGAUGAACAGCUUGGCAUCAGAUAAUGGAAAUUCUUAAAAGUGGCUCAGGUGGAUGUGAUAUUACAUGUUAUUAAGUCAGUACUGGGUUCACAGUUAUACCACCUACUAGUCAAGUAGCCAUGGCUUCCUCAUCUGUAAGAUAGGCACAGUAUCAGUGGCUGAGGGUUCAUUGGGAAGAUAAAAUGUAGUGGUGACUGUAAGGAGCCUGUCAUGGCACCUGAUGCAUAAGUAAACUCAGCAAAUGACCACUACUUCUGUCGGUACUAUGGUAAGCUUGGGAAAGCAGCAGUGCAGUGCGAGGGCCCUGUCCUCACAACUGACAGUCCAGCAGGGAAGGCCGUCAUUAAGUGCUUAUAAAAAGCAUGUUGAAUGCUAGGUAUAGGUAGCAGCAGUAACAUCCAGCAGGGGGACUUAACCCAGGGUUGGAGUCAGAGAAAGUAUCCCUCAGGAAGCGAUGUUGUACCUUAAAGAGAUGGUAUGUUGAUUUUCACUGAGAGUUUGAUUCCUUGGCUUAAUGUUAUAUGUUAUUGGGGCAUUGGUGUGUGAUUGCUUCCAUGUCUCCUCUAGUAUCUUUGAGGCCAUGAUGAUCUUUUUCAUCCAAAGCACCUGGAACUAGUGCCUGGCUCAUAUAAAUAUUCAAUAAAUAUUUGUUUAAUUGGAA